GAUUGAUGCCUACUUGCGACCAGAGUCCUUUUUGGGCGAUCUUGGUGUGGAUGAGAGCCUCAUGUCCGACGAGUUCUGGCACACCCUGCGUGAGGCGCGCAUUGCGGAGAUCAAUGAGGAGAUUGACCGUGUGCUGAGCCAGAGCAACGCUACCAUCCACAAGGCCGACAGUCUCCCAAGGCUCCUCCAGGAUAAGAAUUUGGAUACACAGCUGAAGCUGAAGCUCCAGCGCCUUGAGACGCAGAAGCGGGUCGCCCUGGACGCAGAGGACUUCGUUAAGGCUGCUGACGUUAAAAAGGAGAUGGAGAUCCUCCUAUCGGCGCAGGAGCACGCGCACCUGCAUGAAGUGCCACUUGGCUUCUCCAGUACCGACAUCCCUCUCUCGGAGGUGGCUCAUCACAACAAGCCGCACGACUGCUGGAUUGCCAUCAAGGGCGAGGUCUACGACCUGACAGAUUUCUUGCAGCAUCAUCCGGAGCAGCGUAACUCCCUCUUAGCCUGGGCUGGCCGCGACGCCACCCCCAUGUGGGACAAGAUUCCGGGGCGCUUCCCCAGCAAGCAAUGGAUGGAGUACUACAUGCGGCCAGAGUUCAAGGCCGGAAAGGAACGAAGGAAUGGGGUGUCGGGUCUCGUAGAAGAGGACUUGGCGGGGAUAACGACUCAAGAUCCAUCCUCCAUUCCUCAUCAGUUUCCUGGCAAUAAGGUUGACCCAGUGAUUCAGCAGCUACGUGAGCUACAUGAUGAGCUGCGGCGCUUGGAGGGUCCUUCCAAGGAAGAGAUCGAGGCAGUGAAGACGGCGGUGAAGGUGCCAGGCAAGACGGAUGCCCCGACCCUCUCGGAGGAGAGCCGCUUCCCCAAGCUUGCGGAGAUCUCCGCGGGCAAGGACUUGCCUUUCUUCUCCCGUGCAGAGGUGGCGAAGCACAACACGGCUGACGAGCCCUACAUGAUCAUCCACAACCGGGUCUACAACCUGAAGCCCCUGAUCGGCAGCCACCCGGGUGGUGACGACAUCCUGCUCUCCAAGGCAGGCACGGACGCCACGAAGGACUUCGAGGUCUUCGAGCACUCCGAGAAGGCUCGGGUGCAGCGGGACCGCGACAUGCUGGUGGGCCAGCUGGUGCCAGCGGAGAACACGGACUGGUCCGAGACCGCAGCGGUGCAGCAGGUGGUCGGAGAGGAGACCUCCGAGAUCGGCCGCUACUUGAAGUACAAGGUCACGGACGUGGCGGCUGCAGCUUUGGCCUGGUACUUGUACAAGACCUUCCAGAACCGGAAGCCGCUGUCGCAGUUCACCUACAGCCGUGCCCUGAGACACUUGCACCUCAUCAUGGCCGUGGGCAUCUUCGGUGCUGUCGGCACCGCGCAGGCUGCGUCCUACUCGGAUGGCCAGACCAAGAAGCA